AGGCCUCUUCGAGGCGAAAUGCGAGAGAGCCGCCGCCGACCGAGACAGUUUUCUUUGCGCUGCCUCUCAGCUUUCCGCCUCCCCCUCAACACCCAUUUCGACUCGUUCGCUUCCUGCAUCCCACCGACGCCGUCAUCCGUGACUGCUGUCGCGCUCUGAAACCCCCCGCUUGUGUGACUCUUGCCCCCCUCAUAUCCUGAGGUCCCUUAUAUCCUGCGCUGCAAUCAAUACAAGCAAUAGAUCACUAUGGACGAGUCCUUAGAAGCUCACCCGAGCGUUGCCGCCGCGUUCGCGGCUACUCCGGGUGGUGCGCCCCCUCUCUUUCUAUCAAGUCUGCUCUCCUCUGUCGACACUAUUUCUCGGGCCACUACGCCUGGCCUGUACUCCGAGGACCCGCACGAAGACGACAAGAAGCGCUACCGCCCUCGCACGUUCAGCUACUUCCGACUUCUGCCCUUCGACGUCGAAGAUGACCCCCACCGAGACCUGGCCCUCAGUGGCAUCCUCAAGAACCUCUAUAUCUCUGUCAUGGCCGAGGACUUGUUCCCGGGGGCCCUGCACUGGACACGCGAGCUCCAGGGAUGGAUGAACCUCAAGUUUGAGAUGACUAGGGAGCUCCGUGCCCGCCUAGCCCAGCUCUACUACCAUCUCACCUUGGCGCCAGGCCUUGAUAGCAAUACCGCGGACCGGUUCUCAAAGAUGGUCAUCAUACUGACACGGAAAAAGCACUACCUAAAGCCGGGCGAGGACCUCACUCUCGACUGGCGGCCGCUCUGGAAAGAGAUCAAGGCGUUAGUGUUCCCAUCCGAGGCUCCCGCUCACCAAGGGAGUCGGAGACGCCAGCAGAAGCACCUAGUCAAGCUCUGCCUGCACGCCAACUCCUACUUUGACCCGGCAGAGCGACGGGCCAUGCUCGAGGAGCUGUUGCCUUAUUUCAGCACGUCGGCCAUGACCAACGCCUACAUUGUGGUCGGAAGCCUCAAUAUCUUGAUACCUACGGGUGCCGCGCCACCUUCGGAACCACAGUCUCAGCCAUCAGAUUUUGUGCCGACAUUCUUCCACUUGUGGUCGCUGAUGACGCGAUCAAAGUCGUUUGAUGUCUGCUUCAUUGAUAUCUUUUCGCGUAUGGCCCGGGACUAUCUCCAUUGCACCCAUGUUCCAUUUUCGGAACAUGGCAUCUUUACCCGCGAGCAGUCGGACCUCAUCUUCACGGCCAUUUUGAGGUUGACCGAGAUCCCGGUGGGACAGGCAAACUCCCCAUAUGCCUCCCUUGACUAUGCGUCCGGCCUGGGCGUCUUCCUUGAAAAGGACAAGAAGAAGCAUCCAGUUCCUUAUAUGAUAGCGAGAUGGAUCGCCCAUUCAUUGUCACCACUAUGCCUCGGCCAGGAGAGCUCCGUUCUGUCGAGUCUCGAGGGACUGAUGGAGUCCAUUGACACGUUCUUCCACCCUUCCAACCAAGGAUCUUGGACCAGCUUUUUGGCCCAGCUUACGUUUUUCUUGACGGAUAUCUUCGUGUCGCGCUGGAAUCGUGAGCAAAGUGGGGAACUCGACGUGCCUGCCCAGCGCCGGAUAACACCAGAGCUCAAGAAGCGUUUUGUGCUCGCCUUGAAAGAGGUCACAUUCAUGGGCCUCUUUGCCAAGAGCUCCAAGGUUGUCAACUACUACUACUCCACACUACAGGGUCUGACAUACCUUGAGCCGGACCUGAUGCUGCCCGGCGCUCUUCAGCGCUUCUACCCAAGCUUGCAAGGCCUUGUUGAGGUGCACAGAACCACCUCGAGUCUCUGCGGGCUGCAGAUGAUUGCCAAUAUCAUGUCCAAGCAGAAGGGGUUCCGCUGCCACAUCACUGCUUUGCUCGCCUUGGCACUGCCUGGCAUUGAUGCAAACGACCUGGGGAAAACGCAAUAUACGCUCAACUUCAUCCAAAGCGUUGCCUACAGUAUUCCAUUUGUGCCCCUUGUGCAUGAAACUGAUGGCAUCCAUGACACCAGUCUGGCAAUGAACUGGGUGCAGGGCGAGAUGGAGAGGAUGGAGCGCGAGGGACAGGACGUCAAGAUCAACUACGCGGAAGAGUUGACGGACGAAGACGAAGCCAGCAUUUUGCGCUCUUCUACCGCAGGAUUAGGCGAGUUUGUCUUGGCCCUUCUAGGCAAGGUCUUCGCCCUCCUGGAGAACCUCCCGGACGCAAGCCAUCUUCGGACGGGCUCUCCCGAGGACAACGUGAUUAAUACCCUGCCUGCCGCCCUCCUGCCUCUGUUUGCAUCUUUGUCUCCAGAGUUGUUCGAUAUGGCGUUGGAUAAGCUUGCAACCUUUGUCUCGAGUCACGUCGUGCACCAGGCCCGCGACGCCAUGGCCUGGAUUUGCAAUGCGCUGUGCAAGGUCAAUCCGGAGAAGACGCUCAAAGCAUUUAUCCCGAUGCUCAUUGUCAAUAUCCGCAACGAGAUUGACUACAAUGGCGCCGCUUCUGAUCGCAGCAGUGGGUCUGAGGUUCUGCCACGAGACAGAGCUCUCGUGUGGCACGUGAGCAUGCUGAGUAUGUGUGUCGUCCAUGUUGGCGGCGAAGUUUUGAAGUACAAGUCGGAGCUCUUCGGCAUCGCGCAGUACAUGCAAGAGAAGUGCCGUGGUCUUCCCACGAUCCACAUCUCCAACUACAUCCACCACCUGUUGCUCAACCUCACGCUCACUUACCCCAUCGACAAUGCCCUCUAUGAACCCCAAGUCAUCUCCCGCGGGCCAGACAUUCAUGACUGGGGUCGCAUCACUACACCCUCCGAACUCACCAUCAAGUGGCACCGGCCCUCGAAGUCGGAGCUCGUCUUUGCCGUCGAGCUGUUCGAGAGCCAGGUCCGCGAUGCAUCAGAGAGAUUGGUGCAGCUCAUGAGCGACGACCCGCCAGUAAGCCGAAAGGGAAAGAACAAGGAGUGGUCAGAUGAAUUGUCCCGAAGCCUGACAGCACUGCGACUGGUCAUCUCUGGCGUCUCAACCCUGUUUGACCCGCGCCAUGCUUCUGGUGAGGUUGACGAUCCGGAUGGCGAUGGCAAUGACGAUGGGGACGUCGUAAUGGAAGAAGACGACGACCCCCUUGCCGAAGUUGCAGACGACGAAGAGCUCAAACGGCAGUUUCACUAUGCUGCUGGGUAUCUCUUGAACUACAAGGACCCUAUUUACACUCGCAUUCACGAACUGCGCGAAGAUGUCGGAAGACUGCUGUCUCGGACCCACUCGUUCCUCAACGCCAACCAGGAGGACGAUGUUGCUUGCUUCACGUCGCUCUAUGCGACGUACCGGACAUGGAUCACGGAUGUCGGCAUUGAGCGAUCAGCUCACCCGUUGGAGCGCCUUGUUCGUCUGUAUAAGGCAGACAUCUCACCGUUCAAGAUCAGUGGCUUGCGCAAGAUUUAUCCACGGCCGCUACUCGUGAAGCGUGCCGACGCAUAUCAUCUGCAGCGGGUCAAAUACAAUUCUGCCUACCGCAAGAAGAGCGAGCUCGACAAACGCCUGCUUCUCGACCUUGCCCAGUCGUGUACCUCAUCGUACGCAGACGUCCGUCGCGUAGCCCAGACUGCACAAGACUCGUCGCUCAAAGUGCUCAUUGGCGGAAGGCCUCUUGUUAUCCCAGUUGUUAUGGAAACCCUCCGCAAGGCGCUCGAUGCGAACGAUCACGACCACAUCAAAGGUGCAAUGUAUACGCUUCUCUUCACGACGUUGCUCAAAACACUGAUGCGUGACUGGCGCUUUGCGCCCGAACUCAUGCGACUGUACAUCGAGACCGCUGGCGUCGACAAGACAUCGAUCCAGAAUCUAGGCUCCACGGCCCUGUAUCCGCUUCUAGACUUCGGCAAGGCCUUUGAGCGCAUGAUCAUAUUCGACCGCAGCAUCGUCGAGACCAUCCGUCCCGCCGAAGAUUGCUCAGAGGUCAUCAACCGCCGCCACGAGUUUAUCAAGGAGCGCCGUACCAAGGUGGAGGAGAAGAAGGCCGAGCUGGGCCUGGAACUUACCAACAAGGCCAAGGUCUCUCACUGGAAGAUCGCAAACAGAUGCGCCAUCUUCGCCCUCAAUCUGUCGCUUCGGUUUGAGACUUUGGCCAACCCCGAGUUCAUUGACCUUGUCGCGAGAGGAACCAACGAUCCCCACCCUGGUCUACGGUCCAACUUCCUGUCGGCCUUCUCUGCCAUCUUCAUACUCAUCGACAUGCGGGCUGUCUACAAGCACCAGUUCAAGAACUUCCUGCUUGAGAUUGAGUGUGGAGACAACAAGUUUGAGGUCUCUGUCCCUUCCAACGAUCCUCAGGUCACAGAGAAAUUCCUUGCACAGUUCGAGAAAUUCGACGGAGUCGACUACUUUGUCGACAGUGACCACCCCGGUUGGUUAGUGUGGGGCAAGAAAUUUAAAGCGUCCAAGGCCAACCCGAAGCCUUUCUUGGCGUACGACGACGUCGAGACUGCGGUUCGGGAGCAGAUUGGGAAGAUCCUAACAAAGGACUGGUUCAAAACUUGCUUCGAAUACCUCAAACAGGAACCAAGGGACUCGGGGGCUGAUCGUUUUAGGAUGCAAAACCUCAUGCUCCUCAUGAACGUGUUCGACCUGAUGGUCUACGGCAAGACUGUUGCCACCUUUGAUGACAUUGUCGACUUGAUUAAGGAUGUCUACGGCGAUGGAAGUGAUAAGCAUCAGCAUCGCGCGACAGCUGAGAUUAUCGGUGCCCUGCUUUCAUGCAGCACCGACGAUCCGCGCGAUUAUCGGGAUCGAGUAUGGGGUUUUGCGGCCCCGUUGAUGCUGAAGAUUAUCGCGGAUGACUUGACACCCGACAAUCUCCAGUAUUGGAUGACCUGCCUUCACCUCGUCGUCGACGCCAAAGAUCCUAGACGGUCCAAGGAGCUCUUGGAGGCGCUGAGUGCUUUCCGGCUCGACAUGAACUCGAAUGCCGCCUUCAAGGAAUCGUCCAAGGUCCAGCUCGUCGAGUUUAUCAUCAAUGAUGCUGGCUGGCAUUUCCGGCACGAGAAGCCGAUCCUGGAAGACUUCCUCCUGCAUAUAGAUCACCCUUACAAGUCGGUCAGGGAGUCGAUCGGCCGCGUCAUUGCGACUAUCUAUCGAACGCGAUAUCACGAGUCGUUCCUAAAUGUGUCGGCGCUUCUCGAGCAGAACAGGGCCGAGUCGUCCAUCGGCAUCCGUGCCUACAAGCCGUCAGACGAGUUUUCGGCGACUAUCCACGACGUGUUCGCACGUCUUGAGAAAUGGCGCCAUGAACGGACGCCCGGCCAACAGACGCCUUCCAGUUACACCUCGGGUUCGAAAACGGUUCUUGUUUGGCUGGACAGCAUGCUAUCUUCCCAAGAGUGUAUCCAGCUUGUUCCUUUCUUUCCCGACCCGUUCAUUGAUCAGCUGCUGCACAUGAUGGACGUCAAGGAGGAUCCGGAGCUGAUGAGACUGGCUUAUCAUGUAUACCGCCACCUUCCCAACAUCCCAUUCCGCUAUGGUGAGGACACGGCGUUCAUUGCAGCCCUCAUUCGGAUCGGCAAGACGGCGAGCUCGUGGCACCAGCGCCUGCGUGCCCUAGUCAACAUGCAGGUUGUCUACUUCAGGCGACUGUUCCUGACGCAGCCCGAGCAGCGCCAAAUACUCUUUGAGGCCGUAGGCGACAUGUUGGCCGAUGCGCAGCUCGAGGUGCGCGACUGCGCAAGUGCUACGCUGGCGGGCAUGAUCCGUUGCUCACCUGCGAGCAUUCGGAAUCCCAUAAUCCACCAGCUCAAAGACCGCUUCGAGCUUCAGCUGAAACAGAAUCCGAUGCCCAAGAGGAAGGUUCCGGGUACUGAUACGCCCGUGGACACGCAAAAGCAGGUUAUCCGACGACACGCUGCGGUGCUGGGUCUCGGGGCACUGAUCGAGGCAUUCCCGUACGCAACCCCCCCGCCGAGCUGGAUGCCCGAGGUCCUCGCACAUCUGGCGUCGCAUGCGGCUAGCGAUGCCGGAGUCGUGGGCAAGGCAACCAAGACGAUACUGGCAGAGUUCAAGAAGACGAGACAAGAUAGUUGGGGUGUUGACCAAAAGGUAAGAUUGCCACCCUCCAACAGGGGGCCGACGUUGGUGCUAACUGAUGUGUCCAGUAUUUCACCAGCGAACAGCUCGAAGACCUAGAGGGUGUUCUCUGGAAGAGCUAUUUCGCUUAGGUUAGGAAUGUUGUGCCGAUAGAUAGAAGUGAUCGGGCGUCAUUUUUGUGCGGCUAUGGGGCCUGGGAUUUAUGGAAUCAUGAGUGUAGCGUCAGACUGCCUCUGGGAGGUUUCAAGUGAAGGGCCAAAUAUGUACCUUGGUUGAAACGGGCAAAGCGAAGAUGGAGGAGAAACAGGUAC